CGGCGCCAGCUCCUUGGACUCCCGGCAACCCUUCUGUGCGCGGGGCUGGUUCGCGGGGCGAGGGUGAGGGAUUUCGGAAUCUCGCGAGAGCUGCUUGGGGCCGUCGGGCAGCGUUUUGUCUGUUGCCCUUAGGGACCGCUGUGGGCCUGCUGGCCGCGGGGGACCGGAGCGCCAGAGAUGGCUGCUCAGCGAGGGAUGCCCAACUCCUCUCUGAGAGUCCUGGAAGAGGCGUUGGGCAUGGGUUUGACGGCAACCGGGGACGCCAGGGACACGGCGGAUGCGGUGGCCGCCGAGGGCGCCUACUACUUGGAGCAGGUCACCAUAACUGAAACAUCUGAAGAUGACUGUGAAUAUGAAGAGAUACAAGAUGACAAUUUUAGCAUACCAGAAGGUGAAGAAGAUCUGGCAAAAGCAAUUCAGAUGGCCCAAGAACAAGCUACAGAUACUGAAAUUUUGGAACGGAAAACAGUUCUUCCUUCAAAGCAUGCAGUACCUGAAGUAAUAGAAGACUUUCUCUGCAAUUUCCUGAUGAAAAUGGGAAUGACCAGAACUCUUGAUUGCUUUCAGUCUGAAUGGUAUGAGUUAAUACAAAAAGGAGUAACUGAACUUAGAACUGUUGGGAAUGUUCCAGAUGUCUACACCCAGAUUAUGCUUUUGGAAAAUGAAAACAAAAAUUUAAAGAAAGACUUGAAGCACUACAAACAAGCAGCUGACAAAGCUAGAGAAGAUCUGCUGAAAAUUCAGAAAGAACGUGAUUUUCAUCGAAUGCAUCACAAGCGAAUAAUUCAGGAAAAAACCAAAUUAAUUAAUGACCUCAAAGGGUUGAAGUUACAUUAUGCAUCUUAUGAACCAACUAUAAGGGUAUUACAUGAGAAGCACCAUACUUUACUAAAGGAGAAAAUGCUGACCUCCUUGGAAAGAGACAGAGCAGUUGGGCAGGUUUCUGGACUUCAAGAAACAUUGAAGAACAUGGAAAUAGGACAUAGUUACUAUGUUACUGAAAUUAAAGUUGAUCGUAGUUGUGAAAAAGUAAAUACACCAGAAAGGCCUACUCAGAAAAGUCUUCGUGAAGCCAGGGAACAAAACAAAUGUAAAACAAAGAUGAAAGGCAAUACAAAGAUUAUGGUAUGUGAGGUAGACUCACAUCAGAUUGAAGGAUUUUUGGAAUGAUGGUGGUGAUUGUCAUCAGAAACGUUUUCAUUCUCUAAUGGUGUAAGUAUUCUCUUUCAGGUAGUAAGUAGUAAGUCAUGCUUAAAGCGAUUUGUUGAUUCAUUUACUCAGUGCUUAUGGCUUGUGAGAGUUUAGAUUAAUAAUGCAAGGUUGACUUUUUAUGUGACAAAAAGCUACUAAAAUAUAGGAAAAGUACAUUUCAUAUUUAUGCAUAGUAUAUUAUUUUAUGGUGUUGCAUUCAGAUAUUUAAUGUAAUAUCUACAACAUACAUUUUAAUAUGACAUAGGUCAUAUUAAAAAGUCAUAUUAAAGGGCUGAAGUGUAAAAUAAAGUGAAUCUUUCUCACUCUCACUGAGUAAUCAUUUUUACUAAUAUUUCUCUUAAUUUACUUGUUAUUAUAACAAAUGACUGAGUUCUGUUUCUGUUUAUUUAAUCAUUCACUUUACAUGGUACCUAUUGAUUCUUUGCUGUAACAGAGAGGCAUUAAGAGCACUUUACUGAUUUGAUUUGAGUUAUAUUAUUAUGCAUGUUGUCAUAAUUGAUAACAUUUACACUUGUUCUGUAGUCUUAAUUCCAUUUUCUGUGCUUUGUCUGUAAAUUAAUACUAAAAUUUAAUCCCAUAAACAGCCUUUAAAUGGAUUAUGUUUAAGUAAAUGUGAUUGAUUGCAGACAUUGCAAAUCUAACUAGAACUAUAGAAGAGAAAGGAGAAUACCUGAAGUGUACAGGGCUGUAUUUAAAAGAUUUCUCUUUUAAAUACAGUCACUCUUUUCUACUUCCUGGGCUUAUACUCAACUGCCCCUGUUAUGUAUUUUCCUAUUUUUCUUAUGGAUUGCUCUUUCUAUUUUCCUGGAGUAUCCCCUUGAGUAAUUUUCAGAAAAGGCCAAUGGAAAUAAAUAAUCUAAGCUCAUACAUUUGAAAUAUUCUUGUUCUGCCUUACACUGAGUUGAUAUUUUGCUGGACAUAGAGUUCUAGUUUUAAAUUAAUUUUUCACCAGAACUUUAAAGGCAUUGUUUUAAUGUCUUAGAGGAUAGCAAUAAUUGCUGUUGGUCUGAUUCUUGUUAUUUUGUUGGGAAGUAAAAAAUACCAUAUGCAAUGCAAUUUACUAGUAAACUAGCAUUUUGAACAGCUAGAACAUUGAGGUGUAAUCAUAAUAACAACUUUAUUUAUGUGACCUACUGACCCUUAAAGCUGCUUAGUGAAGGCAAUUCAACCCUUACCAUAGGGUGAUAAUUCAUUUAAGUGUUCAUGAAAUUAUUAGUUAAGUGUGUGUUUACUCUGGUUGCAAAACACAGUCUCAAAUCAGUAAUUAAAUAUGUCCAGCUUUAUGUAACAUAAAAGCUCCACAUUUAACAUGAAGUUAAAUUUUUACCUAACCCUCAGCUGAAACCUUCUUUGGGCUAGACAGUUGCAGUGUGGAAGGGGUUGUGAUGGUGGUGUUUUGAGGCUGUUCAUAUUUCUUUUCCUCAUACUUUUUCCCUAGUUUGCUAACUGGCAAGGUUGAGGGCACAAGGAGAGAGAAAUUAAAAAGGAAUGGAAGAGUUGUCACUUGACUUGACAUACCUUAUGAUGGCUUAGAGUUCUUUGAACUUGUCAAAAUCGGAAAGCUAUUAAUUACCCUGAUGAGCACUGUAUUAGUCAGGGAUAGAAGGAUAUAUAGAUAUUAGUUCUCUAGAGGGAGAGAACUAAUACACACACACACACACACACAC